AUGUUAUUAUUAACUUUAUAAUUUCUCAUCUAUUUCUGCAAUUGUUUUAAUGAAGAAGAAUAAGUAAUAAGUUAAAAUAAACUUAAAAGAGUACCUUAACAAAUCCAAUAAAAGAGUACCAUUUAAUUGAAUGUGAGGCAGAUGAUUAAUGCAAUAGAUGCAAUUAUAUUUAAAUGAAUGAGAUAAAACAAUGUUAAGUAAGUAGAUAAAUACAAAGAAUGAUUUGUUAUUAUUAAUUGGGUGAUGAUGAAUAAAUUCGAUAUCCUUAAGUAGAUUAUAAGGCAUGUAAUUUGCAUAAAAUUGGAAUAUUUUCAAGUGAAUUUUUUAUAGUAGUAAUUAUUUUUGCAGUAACUUUGUUUUCCUGGUAUGUUGUAAGUAAAGAGAAAGAUGAAACCGAGAAAUAGCUUCUAUAUAAAAUUCUAAGAAGCUGA